AUUUAUGCGGUCACACUAGAAUCAAAGUAAACCGGCAAAGUUGUGCAGGUUUUUGAUGGAACCGGAGAAUAAAAAAUCCAAAAUGACGAAGAAAUUCCACCAUAAGAAGAAGUAUUUCCAGGGCAACAAGCAGGUGCUCCAGGCCGGGCAGCGUGGUUUCUUCGCCACGUGCAACAUCAACGAGAAGGGCUGCGUGCGCGAAUGCUACAACUUACUGAAUCAUUAUGCUGACAUUGUGUACGGCCCCGAGCAGCCGAAAGUGCCCGAAAAGGAGUCUGAAGCAGCAGCAGCUGCUGGCGAGACUGGAAAGCCUGGUGGCACCACCAGCGACGACGACGAUGAUGACUUGGAAGCGGCUGCUGCUAAAUGCCGCGAGACUCUCACGCAGCGCAAGGUGCGCUUCCAAAACGUGGAAACCGGCACCACCAACUGCAUCUUCAUACGCACGCUUCUGGACGAUCCCGUUGGGCUGGGAAAGCACAUUGUCGACGAUAUAACCACCACUGGCAAGUCGAUGUCGCGCUUUGUCCUGCGCCUGGUGCCCAUUGAGGCCGUUUGCCGCGCAAAUAUGCCAGACAUCAUUGCCGCGGCCGGGCCGCUAUUUGACAAGCAUUUCCUGAAGGAACCCACCAGCUAUGGGAUCAUAUUCAACCAUCGCUACAACCAGCAGAUUAAGCGUGAUCAGAUAAUACUCGAUUUGGCCGAUUUGGUCAACUCCAAGAACGUGGGCAACAAAGUGGAUCUGAAGCAAGCCAAGAAAUCCAUCAUUGUGGAGGUACUGCGCGGCUGGUGCCUGCUCAGCGUGAUCGACAACUACUUGGAUGCCAAAAAGUACAACCUGGCCGAGUUGGCCAACCCAAGCGAGAAGAAAUCGAACGGCGACGCCGACACCAAGUCUGAAGAGAAGUCUGUGGAGGAAGCAAAGGCCAAUGAUGAGGAUGCAGCCGACGCCUUGGACAAGGACAAAUCCACCGCUGGAAUUGACGAAGUUUCCGAUGCCUCUCCUGCUGUACAGAAUACAGAAUAAAAUGUUAUUGAAGUUUCUCUUUAAA